AUGGAUUUAAAUUUCACUGAUAUAUCUGAUGAUGAUGAUAUUGAAAAUUCAGGUCCUAAUUACGCAAAAAUCAUCAAAGAGGCAACCGUAAGGAAGCCACUCACACAAACCAAUAAUAUAUUGCAAAAUGAUAGAUAUGGAGUGGAUACGUUUGUGUUCAAUAGCUUAGUAUGGGGUAGGAUUAAGCCGAAAGAAGAUGUUUUGUUGAGGCCGGCGUAUUUGAACGACCCAUAUGAAGAAUAUGGAGAUAUCGUCGACUCGAUACCGAGGUUAGUAGCUAAGCCCGCGUCGCCCAAAGUUCCUGAGGAUGAACUACCAUCUACUAUGGCUAGUCGACGGGAUAGGAUUCUUGCUAUGCUAACUCCCGUUCAUGAAAGCUUUAAAAAAACCCAAACACGAAGAACCGAUAGUGAAACAGGCAGUGAUAUAGUUGAAGAAGAGGAAGAGUAUGAAGAUGAGGAUGAGGAUGAGGAUCAAGAUCAAGAUUAUGAAUAUAUUCAUGAAGAAAAAUUACAAUCACUUGUGAAGAAGUUGAAUGUUUCACAAAAUGAUAACUUCACAAGAAAACCCCGAUCAGAGAGAUUAAAAGUCAAUUCUAAAUCUACUAUCGAUGAUGAACGCAAAAAGAAAAGAAAAAUAGAGUUCGACGAUGAUCAACCAUUGAUUUUCCUAUUACCUGAACAUAAGCGGAAGAUUUAUGAAUGCCGGAUGCCUCCGACGGAUACUUCAGUAGCGGAAAACCCCGAAAGUCCAGAUCAAUAUUCUGAAGAUGAAGACCCGCCAAGAACAUCUAGUAGAGUUUUGAGAGAACGUAAGCCCCGUUUCAACCUUUCAAUUUUAUAUGAAGAUUCCGAUGCUGAAUUAGAAGAACCUCAGGUCUUGAGUGAAACGGAAACGAAGACCCAGUCUGAAAGACUGACUCGAUCAUCCUCCCGGAAAAAGGCUAAUGAGAGCUUGGUUCAAACAAGAAAAACUAACAGUUCUACACCUUAUCCGAAAUCCAAUACAUCGAGGAAGCGAAAAGCUGAUUAUACAUCUGACAGUUCAAUCGAAAUGUCAAUUUCAAAACAAUCUAAGUUCACAAGUCAAGAUGAGUCAGAUGAAGAUGACGAUGAGACCCUAGACUUUUUCAUUAAACGUAAGAAGAUAAAGAAAAGAAUUUAUUUUUCCUCUGAAUCAAGUUCAGAAUAA